CCAUUUCUUCUUGCCGCCCUUCGCGGGAGACCCAACUCCCAAGAUGGGAAACACUCGCCACCACCACCCAUCUCUGCCUCUCCCCGCACAUCAGCAAUAAUAAAAACAAAGCAGCAGCAGCAGCAGUCCGAAGAAGAAAAUGUUAGGAACGUAAUUAGAAGGGCCUCCUCCUCCUCCUCCUCCUCCUCCUCCUCAUCUUCUUCCACUCGUUGACUCGCAUCCAUCGGCCACCUCGAUCGGCCGCGUUCCGAGUGCGAGGUGUCAGGCAACGACCCCCCCCCCCCCCACCGCGCUGUCACCUUGAGGAGGAAUCGGAGAUGGCUCCCCUUUUGGCCAUGACAACGCAUUCCGUUCCGUCGUCGCCUCUUUCUUCUGCUUCUCCUGUCUCGCUCUGAGCGUUUCAUUUGGACGCCUCUUCUUCCUGUUCUUGACUGGUCCUGUGAUCUUGGAGGUAGGCUUGCUUCUGUUCAGAACAAUUGAUCUUUCUUUUGGCUGUUCUUCGAAUCGUUUUGUGUUCGCUACAUCUCUCAGAUCGCCACUGCAUCCGCCUGGGUUCGAUUCAAGCAACGCCGGUGUGAAGUGGGAAUAGUAAUUCCGAGCUGAGCUUGGUUAGAAGAGCUCACAUAGUACCAGAGGCAGAGGCAGACAUGGGCACAAAGAUGAAGAAGGGUAUCUUAAAGCCCCUGAAAUAUUUUUCCCAAAUAUUUGACAAGGAGGAAGCUGACAUGCAGAUUGGGUUUCCAACUGAUGUUAAACAUGUGGCACACAUAGGAUGGGAUGGACCCAGUGUUAGUUCCCCAAGCUGGAUGAAGGAGUACCAUUCAGCACCACUAGGCUCUUCCUGUGGAGAAGAUGGCAGGGAAAGCUCCCCCACAGAGUCAUGGGGCUCUCAAGAGUUUGCAAGCGGAGGGAUGGAAGACUCAUCAGUUCGACAAGCGGCGGGGCGCUCAAAGCCCAGCUCUUCUGCAGUCGAGCCAUCUCCCGACUCCCCCGACUUGCUCCCUGCGUCCACCAAACCCAAGCAUUCAAGACGGCACCAAUCGGAUGGAAGCAUGUCGGGCGACUCCGCCGAAGCGCCGCGGCGCAGCCGGAAGCCACGCAAGAAGGAAGCGGCCGGGCCGUCGGACUCACCGGGGCAAGACAUGCCAGCCAUCCCCAAGCAGUCACACCGGAAGAAAAACAAGGGCUCUUCGAGCACCGGGGGCUCGGUGAAGAGCUCCAAGUCGAAGGCCCCAACGUCGGCGCCGCCCGCAGGUGAGGAGAGCAACACCAAGCCGUCAUCAGAGGCGGCAGAGGAGGACUACAGGGUGCAGUGA